AUGCCUUUCCUUGACCACCUCCUCACCUACAAGAUCACAGCUUACAACACUAGGCACCAAAGAGGAAGAAAGCUUAGUGUUGGAGGGCUCAUCACACCUAUCUUGUGUGCUGCUGGAGUAACCCAACUGAUAGGAGAGCUACUGAACCAGUUGGGCAUGAGGAUGAUGCGAGAAGAGGAGCCUGAGCUCGAUCGAGCUGAGUCUCGAGCUGAGGAUCGAGCUGAGGAUCGAGCUGAAAUCAGGUCCAGGAGCGCUGAUUGGGUGAGCCUGAGUGCUACUACUUUGAGGAGUAUGAGGCUCCAAGGAUGA